AUGUGCUGUCACAAUACCGGAAACAAAAGGCAGCAAGCGAAAGUGGAUUCCGUUUGACAGCUCUUUUCCAUCACAAGUAUGGCUCCGAAGAAACCGUCUGAGAAGUCCGCAGGCCAACCGGCCGAAAAGAAAGAGAAGAAGCCAGCUGCCGCUGCUGCUUCCUCCACCACUGGUUCCAAACCGGCAGCAGAGAAGAAAGCAGCUCCGGAGAAGAAACCAGCUGCUGAGAAGAAGCCAGCUGCGGAGAAGAAGCCAGCUGCACCGGAGAAGAAGCCAGCACCUGAGAAGAAACCAGCUCCGGAGAAAAAACCUGCGGCCGAGAAGAAACCGGCUACCGAGAAAAAGCCCGCAGUUGAGAAGAAGGCAGCUGAAAAGCGUCCUGCACCAGCCGAAACCAAGGCUCCUGCCCCCGAGAAGAAGAAGGCUACUGAGAGCAAGAAGACCCCAGCUGCUGCUCCGAAGACCGAACCUAAGAAGGAGGCUAAGAAGGUUGCCGCCAGUGCUGCGGCUGGAGGUGCAGCCAAGAAACCAGCUACUGCUGGUGCUGCUGCCGCCGGAGCGGCCAAAAAACCCGCUGCUGCUGCCGGAGGUGCGAAGAAGUCUACUGCUGCUACUGCCGCGACUGCCAAGAAAGCUGCUGAUGCCGCUGCCAAGGCCAAGAAGACCGCCGCUGGGGACAAGAAGGCUGCGGCAAAGAAGCCAACGGUCAAGAAACCAGCUGCUAAGAAGGGCGCACCGACUGCUAAGAAACCUGGCACAGCCACGGCAAAGAAGGCAACCGCACCCGGUAAGAAGUCAGCAACUGGUAAGAAGCCUGUGGCCGGAAAGGGAGCUGCUGGUAAGAAGCCAGUCGCCAAGAAGGCUGCCCCUGCUGCAAAGGGUGAUAAGAAGGCCGUCGAGGCUAAGGUACAGAAGGGAGCCGCUAAGGCUCGUGCUGCCGCUCUGUUGAGAGCCAAGCGUACCAAGACCAAGGUCGUGAAAGGACCGUUCGGAACGGCACUACGUAGGAUCCGUACUACUGUGAAAUUCCGCCGGCCCCGUACCCUGCGUCUGCCACGUAACCCGAAAUUCCCUAGGAAAUCGGUGCCAACUCGCAGCCGCAUGGAUGCCUACAACAUCAUCAAGUACCCACUGACGACGGAAGCAGCCAUGAAGAAGAUCGAGGACAACAACACGCUGGUGUUCCUGAUCCAUCUGCGGGCUAACAAGAACCACGUCAAGGCCGCGGUUAAGAAGUUGUACGACAUCAAGGUGUCCAAGAUCAACACGCUGGUGCGACCGGACGGUAAGAAGAAAGCCUACGUGCGGCUGGCUCGUGACUACGAUGCGCUGGAUAUCGCCAAUAAGAUCGGAAUCAUCUAAACCGGGCAAAUGAACGGUUUGUUUGCUUUAUAUCUAAUUCUGUUUCUACUCGUAAGUCGUGCUGCUGAAGAAAAAAAGAUUGGGGAAUGCGUAGAAUAUUCCAAACUCUAGGAGAGAAUGUGAGCGUCGGGAACUAGCAUCUCGCGCGAAAAGCGAGGAAAUAUAAAGUCUGCAAAAAUUAA